AUGAGGGCUGCCCUACAGACUCAUGGGACCGACCAGGAGGAAGGGAUCUGGAUAGGGGAGCCAGCAGGGAAGUGGAAAGGGAACACACUGUAUGUGGGGGUGGUGCUCCGUGGCAAGUACUAUGCCUCUGGUGCGGAUGUCUACAUUCGAGGAGAGGAAGGGGAGAGACAGUACAUCGCAAGGAUAACACGGAUGUACGAGAGGGCGUCAGACUCAGCGAGGAUGAUAGGCUGUCGCUGGUACUAUCGAUCGGAUGAGACCAACCUGAACAAAGAUAAGAAGAAGUCUUCUUCUGGGGCAAACGACCAGGAGCUGUACAUUUCUGACGUGGUGGAUGACAAUCCGGUGAACACGAUUGAAGACCUGUGCAAUGUUAGAGCAAAGUUUCUCAUUGAGGACAUGAAUGCUUGGCUGCAGCAAAGAAACAACUUCACGUAUAGCUUGAAAUACGUGCCCACACUUGGAGUCGCAAGGGAACUCAGCGACAAGGACAUUCGAGAUUCGAAGGCUGCGUUUGCUGCCAACUCGCGGUCUGAACGUCUGACUCAAGCCUACCAGAGUCUCGGCCGCUGCCAGUAUGCUAGCCUUGAGGUACCGUUCCAGCAUAAGGACGAGCUGGAGUCGCAGAAUGUCACCGUCAUCAUCAAGCAAGGCAAGCACCGCACCAGCCUCAAGCAAGGAGCGGAGCUCUGCUGCGCAUGGCGCUCUAUUCUGUACGGAGUGAUCUACAAUAAGAUCUCGGCGUUCAACAGGGAGAAGAAGGAAGAGCCACCCCGAGCGCAGACGUUGGCCAAGACCAAGAAGACAGAAGUACCUCUGAACAAGAAGCCCGAGAACGUCGCCAAGCAGAAGACGCCGGAGGAAGACUUCAUUGAGAACCAUAAGAAGAUUCAAUGGAUCGGAAGUCCCGUGAAGACGGAGGGUACAAGGACUUACUACUCCAAGGUGCUGUUGGCCAACGGCACGGAGGUCAAGGUGGGAACGGCGGUGAAGCUGCUCGCCCCGGACGGAGAGCCUUCGUUCCUGGGGAAGGUGCAGUGCCUGUGGGGGAGCAGUAAGGAUCAUUUCAAGAUGAUGCGAUGCAAGUGGUUCUACAGGCCCGAAGAGGCUCCGGGGUACAAGGGAACGGUCCAUGCCCGGGAGGUGUUCAUCUCCGAGCACCAGGACGAGCAGUACCUGACCACCAUCGAGAAGCCCUGCACUAUCAUGCACGACUCGGAGAUCCCGGGCGAGAUCCGAGAAGACUUCCUGAAGCAUCCCGACAACUUCUUCUAUCGCAUGAAGUACCUACCCGACCGCAACAACUUCGUCGUCCUGAAGGAGCCCGUGGCGAUUGACCCUGUCACGGCAGCCAAAGACAGGCCGAGCUCUGCGUCCAGGGGCAAGAAGAAGUCAGCAGCCUCUUCCAAAGUCUCAGAGAAGCGAGGGAGCGACACGCCCACGGGCAAGGUGGCGGCAGAGAGCACGACGAAGCGACCACUAGAGGUGAAGGAGGAAGAUGCGGCUCCGAAGACGAAGAAGAUCAAGAGCGAGACGAGCGAGAAGGUCGCCGAGAGCGAAAAGAGCGACAAGAAGGAGAAAAGCGAAGAAGCUGAGACGGCAGCGGCAGCGGCAGCGGCAGCGGCACAGGAAGGAGGCGAGGAGAAAGGACACGACGAGUCGGGAGGGAAGGGCGACGCCUCCUUCCCCUCCUCCAAGGACGACUGGUACGCUGAGGAGUCGGAGGUGACCGAUGCAGGGCCGCACAUGGCAUGGGCGAGCGACAGCGUGUUCGGGGUGAGUGUGGAGGGAAAGUCGCAGCUGGGGGAGGACGAGCGAACCUCGACCAAGGCAGGAGAGGAGGGGUCAGCGGUCGAGGAAGCGCUGCCGGAGAAGAAGGAGAUGGAGGGAGCACAGCCGUGGCAAGCCUCCUCCUCUUCCCUCGAAGCUGAGCCGCAUAAGCACGAAGACGGCGCGACUGAAAACACUCCCUUCCUCUCCUCCGCUAACUGGAUCUCGAGCUUCGAGGUGGCUGACAUCAACAGCUGA